AUGUCCGAGCCACAGCAAGAAACCAAGCCCGAUAUCAAGCCCGAAACACAUAUCAACCUGAAAGUUUCCGACGGAACGUCGGAAAUUUUCUUUAAGAUCAAGAAAACGACGCCGCUCAGAAGGCUGAUGGAGGCGUUCGCCAAGAGACAAGGAAAAGAGAUGGACUCGUUGCGUUUCCUUUACGACGGCGUGCGGAUCCAGGCGGACCAGACGCCCGAGGACUUGGAGAUGGAGGACAACGAUAUUAUCGAGGCGCACAGAGAGCAAAUCGGUGGUCGCAGCGCGUCCGUACGGGUCUAA